AUGGCGACGAACCAAAACAGCCCGAUCCUCAGCAGCACCGCGACUCUACUCUACAUCUCCUACUUCAUCCACAACCUUAUCGCGUGGCUAAAGAUCCGACCGUUUCUUCCCAAAUGGGGCGCAAGAAGCUUCAUCAUCACAUUGCUCAUGGUCCAACCGUACUGGAUUCUCGAAACAUGGGCAAACUUCCAAUACCACAACCACCUCGGUAGCCGGAUCUUUGACACAUCAAGAUUACUCGAGCCGUUAUUUAGAGACCCAUGGUGGGUUUUCACGACGAUCAAAUUGGUUCUGGCCAUUCGAGAGAACUACGAAUUUACAAUAUCGGGUCUGGUUCGCACAAGCCCACGCUUCGGAAUCAUGCUUCUUUGUCUUUUUCUCUCAAUUGUAUUCUUGAUCACGGAUGUCAUCUUUAUGAUUGUUGUAUCUAAGAGAGGCGGAAUAAAUCCAUUUUGGAGGCUAGCCCUGGUAUUCAAAUGCGCAUCCGAUGUCAUAUUCCUCGACGAUUUCAAGAGUGUACUAGACCGAAUAUCGGAAUCAGCAAUGCGAAAAAUUACAACCUUCGAGUACAGAGACAACGCCUUGCCCUCGGUUCAUCUACCCGCUUCGACCGAAUUCUCAAUGCCUACAUACAAUCGCAAAAGUUCGCGAUUUGAAUCGUCAUCUAGAGCAGAGCUAGGGUCUAUCCUACAUCCUAUGGCAUCAAGGGACGAUGGACACUAUGAGUAUGCAACGAAUGCCAGUCAGACUUUCGUAAAUGGACUUCUACGGGAGGAACAUGUCCAAAACCCCAGCUCUCGCUCCCCUCGGCAUAGAGGCGAGUCUCAAGAUACCAUGAUUACAAGAGUAGAUGGUGAACAGCAAGGAGGAUCACGAGAUAUCCCGAUGGAGCCUGUUAAAGCCUGGACAAGGGAAGACCAGUUCCAAUAA